AUGUACUGGACAAACAUGGGAUCAAGCUUCAAAUCCAACAGUGGUUCUAUCGAAAGGGCCAACUUGGAUGGAUCUGACAGGAGAGUUGUUGUUCCUGUGGGAACUUCAGGUGUCUUCACACCGAAACAAAUCACCAUCGCGAAGAGAAGCCAGAAGCUGUACUGGUGCGACAGAGAAGGCAUGAAAGUCAUGCGAGCAAAUCUCGAUGGUUCUGAGGUUGAGAUUCUUAUUUCGACAGGGAAUACCGAGGCAGAUAUGCUAGAUCAAUCAAGGUGGUGCGUCGGCAUUGCCGUGGAUGAGCAGCGAGGCCUCUUCUACUGGACUCAAAAAGGUCCAUCAAAGGGCAACCAGGGUCGUAUUCUUCGAGCGCCGAUCGAGCCAGCUUCGGGCGCCAGCGAUUUGGUCCGAGACAUUGAAAUGGUCUUUGAGAAGCUGCCGGAGCCGAUUGAUCUUGAACUCGACGAAGAGAUCAGUAUGCUGUACUGGACAGAUCGCGGAGAUCCCCCCACUGGCAAUUCUCUCAACCGAGCAAAUGUGGAACUGGGAGGAAAGAUUGAGAUUUUAGCGAUUCGCUUGCAUGAGACGAUCGGUUUGGCUUUGGAUAAGAACGCGAGCGUGGUCCCUGCCACCAAGAAACUGAAAGGCAGGGCUCGAAUGGAGGCUAAAAAGAAGUUGGCAAAGGCCGCUGCUGCCUCGGCUAGCUCAAAGCGAAAACACGUCAUUGCCAUCAAAGACUUCGUUCCGCUAGCCGAGCAUGUGGCCGACAAGGUCGCUUCUGCGGCUCUCGCAGUCCCGGAAUUCUUCUCAGCGGCACUAAACCGUGUUAUCGAAUCCCGUCGACGGUUUUCUGCUAUUCUGCAAAGAUUUCGAUCGUUCCAAGACGUUGCCGGGGAUUCCCAGCACGCUUAUUUUAUUUCGGUCCUCGAGAAAGUACGAGAGACUUUCAAGUCCCACAUUGGUUCGUUCGACACGUCGGGCUUGAGGAGCGCUCUACCUACGGAUGAUGUCAAAAACGAUGACAAGCACAACGCUAGGCUUCGGACAGGCAACAUGUUUGAAUCUCUGAGUGUUUACGAACCCUCUGAUGAGUUCUUAUCUGCUCCAGACGCAGUGUUACCCAGUCUCGACGAUGUUCAGUACGCGGCUGAGGAAGAAGACAUACAGACGGAAUCUCUUUUCAUUUUGUCGACGCUUCUGGCGGAUUUCUUCAAACUUCGUGAGGAAGUAUUCGGCCUUUGGCAACAAUAUCAGGCUGGAUCUAGAGAUCUUGCUGCCGUUGCGGUAGCUACAAACACUGCCAUCAAGCUUGCUCAUAGCAUGGAAGAUGAGGUUUCCACGCAGCUGAAGAGGCUUGGUGGGGUGGAAGAGCUUAUCCCGAUGGUAUUUGGGGGCGCAUGUGCAGCUCGGGGGCUGCAUCCUGAGGAUAAACGUCAAGCUACCGAUGACUACAACUACAGGUGCUACGCUGAGGCUAAUAUGUUCUUCUAUAACACUUUAUGCCUCCUGAACGCCUACAAGGGACAGGGUCUCUCUGACACGUGUCCUUCCUACAAUGGAAAGUUUGGCUGGUACAGAGACGAUCGCAAGGCUGAAGACGACCGGGAGCGCUGGCAAGAGGAUAAAGCGGCUCUGUUGGAGCUCUUUGCGGACAUGCAUGUCAUCGUCACGACGCUCAAGGGCAUUCAAGUUCAAGACGAGUUCGUCAAAGGUUUCAAGCAAAUGAUGCAGACGAAGAAAAUCCCCGAUGUCUGGCUUGCAUUUGGCGCACAGAUCUACCUAGACAUCCUCAAAUCCCUUGGUUCUGAAGUCCGUAGGGGCGAGGAAGAUUUGAAGAGGAUCACGAAUUCGAUUGGAGAUGUCGUCAGAGAGGCACCAGAGCUUAAGAGGAGUCGCCACUUCAAGGAGGCAAUUGAUGAUCUCCUGAUGUCGGUGGACCAGUGGGGCUCAGAUAAAGAUAUCUUCAACAUCAUACGGCAAGCACCAACCAGGCCAUCCAACUUCUUGAGUCACAAUCCGAUGUUCUGCGGUCUACACGUUCACGACAUAAGAACAGCAUUUCACCGGCUUGGUAUCGAGUUCGCAUCUAAGGGAAAUUUGAUGCAUGCUGUCCAGCUGUAUCAAGCGCUGCGGCAAGAAGGAAUCCUUGAGGAACAGGAGAAGAGAGCGGACCUUGGAUUCAUUAUGAAGAUCCAAGGGAACUCGGCAUUCUUUGUGGGAAAUCCUCCAACAUCUCUGGAGGCCUAUUCCAAAAACUUUGCACUCACCAAGGGAAUCUCAGCGACGCAUUGGUUACCAAAUCACAGCACUAAGAACAAAAAGAUUCCGAUGUCUCGGGCUGGUAUCAGAACCAUCAACUACCAGGCUAGGGCAUCUAUGGCCUUUGCUCAAACGUUCAUAGUUGACUCGGAUUCAAGAGGGCUCAAUGUCGAAGUGGUUGAUCUCAUUCUCGACAGCAGUGGAUGGUACAAGAAACAUGAUUCCGACGGAAUUCGAGAACUUGAGUCCGCAAGCACGAAUGAUGAAAAAGACUCGAUCAAGAACAAGAGAAAGGUGCUGGAUAAUUCAAUUUAG